CUUUUAUUUCCUUUAAGACUUAGGGUGAGCGCCUCAUCUCAGAAUGCAAACUCUAUCGUUUUAACUCUUUAGCUGUCAGAUUCACCUGAGCGAUGAACUGCAUAGUGCAAUUUCCUUCGCAGAAAACUGUAGGGGAGCUGCUUGAGAAUAACUCCUGCUAAUACUGAAGGGGAUUUCGAACAAGAUAAAUGGUUGGCAAUCGGUUCUCCGUAAGGCUGCUAAACCGAGUGGCGGCAAAUUUGAAAAAAAUGUCAUCAAAUACGAAGGAUGAUGUCCUCCAAGACAAACGUAGCAAGAUCAUGGCUAGAGGGCUUCCGAAACAAAAGCCGAUUGAAGGAGUUAAGCAAGUGCUGCUUGUAGCUUCUGGUAAAGGGGGCGUAGGAAAGUCCACAACGGCUGUAAACGUAGCCCUUGCAUUGGCAGCAAAUGAACCGGUAAGUGCCACUGAAG